AUGGAGCCAGACCCAUCGCCCAAGGCGAGUACCUCGUCAAAGUCUGGAAUUGGUAUCCCGUUUCUGCUGUCAUUCCGCUCUCGCAAUACCGCGUCUGAAGCUGGGCGUUCAGAGAAUGAAAGCGCUUCAUCACAAUCCGAUAUGUUGAGUGACAUACGCGGAGCGAUUGAGCAGUUGCUACAGCCCAAGUUACCUGUAGCGGAGCAGCGCAUGCGCAUGCAGUUUCUGAUUGAAUGUCUGAUGCGUGAUCCUGCUGAGCUGGAACCUCUUCUUGACCCUCCCAUCGCUACGCCGCUCGUGUCGUCCUUGAUUGUCUUAUGUAGUCGCCUUCUCCGCGAAACGUUCGCAUACGAGUUGCGCGUUCUUUCAUGUGAACUUCUCACGUCGACGCUAAGAUAUGCGGAUGUCUCAACACAGAGUGUAUCCAGCGAGGUCUGGAAGGAGUCGUCUUCAGCCACGGGGUGGCAAGCUGUGAUGCCAUCGCGUGCAUUAAGUAUGCUAGACCGCGCCAUGCUGUAUCGGUUGAUUGUAAAUCUUCACCGCCGAGAAGACUGGAUUCUCCCGAAAAUUUUCGAAGAGCCUUCACAAGCGUUUCACACACUCUCUCGCCAAUUGGCUGCCUUACAAGUGCUCACACGCGACGGUCGUGAUAUUCUUGCUUUUAAAGGAAUUUUUAACGUCAUGACGAAAUGGUUGCGAUACUCAUGGGGUGCCUUGCUCAUGUUCCGUCGACACGAGAUGUCGGGCAUGUAUACUUUGAGUGAACAUUGCACGUACACGCUGUUCGACAUGUUCACAUCGAUUUGCAAAUUCAACGCCUCACGCCUCGAAAAAGAACAUAUGAAACAGUACCUGAUAUGUCUUUGUGAGCUCGUGCUGAACCCUCGCAUCCCAACAUUAGCCCGGUCGAAACAUUCGAGACAUCCAAGUUCUUCGUCAUCCCCAUCAGAAGCAACUACAACUGUGGCUGCAGCGAGUUUAGCUGCUACUUCGAAUUCGUCCACAGCUAUAGCCACAACGACCGCCACUGCAAUGUCAUCUUCCUCCGGCUACAAAUACUAUGGAAUGGAGGAUGUCAGCACGUAUUUCGACACACCAAGCUUGUAUCCCAUUGAUGGGCAACCGGAGAAUGAAAGGCAAACUGAGAAAUCGGGUGUUUAUAUUGGCAUACAAGACAGCGAGUUUCCUUUCAUCAAACACGAAGAUAUAACCGGGUUUGCUAAAUCACUCGAUUCCAUUAUUUGCUACACCUUUGUACCACCAGAAUGUCUCUCAGAAUGCGUUCAUUCUUUAUGCCGGCUGAUUGGACUCCCGAUUGCACAAACAGAGGAGCAAAUGCUCGUUUCACGAUUAAGUUUACACAGUGUUGACAUUCAGUCAGAUUUUCGGCUUGUACUGAACAACCUAGUGUGCAGCCACAUUGUCCACCUCAUGUUUCGUCAUUUGUACGAGAUCUUAUGCACACGGCGGAACGGAAAUCGAUCUGUGCGGGUUGGUGCCCUGCUCUUUAUUCAUGCGACUAUGAUAUGGAAUGUCGCGCAGCGCAUGGAGCAGGGUGGACACGUGAAGACGUCGCCGCUGAUAUCGCAGGCAUUGUUUGAAAGUAUGAUCCGCGGAGCUAUAUCUCAGAGCGAUGAUGUUCUCGACUUGAUAUGUCUAUUUUUGAUUGAAGACUACUUACCAGAGCGGCAAUUAUGUGCUGAUGCUUCUUUGUUCGAGAAUGUCCCGGUCAGAGUCCGCCAGGCACCCCAGCCGCUGUGCACGCUGUAUGACGACGCCAUCUCGACAAGUUGGGGAAUUCUUGCUGAUCUUGUUCCAUUGAUGAAUCGACACUUGUCGCGCCGGCGCCGAGGAAUUAAAAUGAUGAAUAUGUCUUCAUUCGUCCUCCAUACACUCGUUGGUCUGUUAUGCAGCCGUUUGGAGCAGCCUCUUAUAUCGCUACCAAUCAUUUCAAAUUCAUUUUGGGGCUUGGCAUUUCUCUUACCGGAUCAUGUCUUGCUAAGUAUGAUCAAAGCGAACGAGAACCAACACAUCUAUCUUCCAAGCACACCAGAUUGGCUUGACAAUCUUAUCCAGCUUUGUGAUACAUUCUAUCCAAAAUCUGGCCUCGAUGCUUCUGGUAUGCAUGCUCUCAUGUCAAGAACAAGCCGUCUGUAUGCCGUGAAGCUUGUGGUCGAUGUGUAUGGAUUCGUCCAGGACUUGCCUUUGCUGCGUGAUCCAAUGAUCCAGCACGUGGUCGUUCCUCUGGCGUCCCGGGCAGCUCAGAAAGAAACAGACAUCGAAAUUGGGGUUCCGAUUCGUCGUAUGGUGCGACAUGCGAUGGUCACUGCCGUAUGCACGCCAACGAUAAAUGGAUGCAAACCCUUCUACGAUUUGUUGCGCUGCUUGGUCGACAAUGUGUUUAAGGCAAAUCUCACCAAUGCCGAGAACCUAGAAAAGCCUCAAGCUAUGGCACAACACUCGCGCCAACGCAGUGUAGGGCCUCACAACGUUGACGAUAUACGCGAUGCUCGACUUCGCACGACUAGGGCGACGCGAUCGAUCCUCGAUCUUAUCACGUUGUUCAUGCAAAUGGCCUUCGGUAUCUCGGAUGCCAGUACAAUGGCUCCUGAGCUUGACACCUCCACUAGCGAAGUGCAAGAUCGGCUGCGAGAGUGUAGUUUGGCUGUCUUCCGCGAACUUUUGCGCAUGAUACAAGCUAACGCGCCAUUUUCUUCCGUGUCUGAAGAUUCCAAUUCCUCGAGCACUCGUGUGCCCGUAUCGCUUCGACUCAUGAUUUUACGUUGGAUCUUGCGUCUGCGUGCCGACACGCAGCAUCGGAUCUAUUUCCAAAACCAUGAGGAAGACUUUACCAAGUCUCUCGUGCAAACCUUGUCUCGCAAUGAAGAUCCACGUGAUCAACAAGAUCGGGGACGUUCAGGGCCUCAUUCCUCGACCCUUUCACAUGCCACUUCGCAACCUUCCGUGGAUGAGACGCAGGAAAGCAACGCAGCGCCGCCUGAGGUUCCAUCGAGCGAAUUUCCUGAAGCAUCAUGGAGCAGCUGUAUCUGGCAAGUAUCCCAGAUUGGUGUACAUGGCAGUCGAAUUGCUGAGCAUGCGGAAGACAAUAAAAGCGACACAGUUCCUAUGCUCUUUCCAACGUCUGAGUAUCUUGAAGCCAUGCUGAAUAUCCUACAGAGCGAGUCAGACUGGGAGGUCCUAUCUUACAUCAUUUCACAUCUUCCGUCGCAAUUGAACAACAAGCAUUUGUUCUGUGGCGUCAAGGCAACGACCAAGAUUUGCGAGUUGCGCGACUGGCUUUGUCCAUUGCUGCUGGAAAACAAGCCCUUGCCGAAUUUGGUCUUACCAGGCGAUUUGCGCCGCACAGACCUCACAGCCGUAUUGUACGCCACGCUGAAGGUUUUAAUGGCUUAUCAUUGCCUGUUCACUCGUGCACAACAGGAUGAGCUCGUCGAAGCAUUUGCAGCUGGCUUGUCACACUCACAGACAGUGGCUCAACCAUGUGUUCGUGCCCUUGUUGUGGCCGGCUACGAACUGUCAAAAUCCUUUACGCGACAGUUAACAAAUAUUUUAGUGAAGCUCUCAACGAUCAUGUCAUCGAUUCAGAUGAGUGUUCAUAUUCUUGAGCUUCUUGCCGAAGUCAGCAGUGUGCAAGCCUUGUAUGCAAACUUCACAGAAGCCGACUAUCGCCGAGUCUUUGGCAUUGCUUUGCAGUAUAUUCAGUUCCAUGAAAGCAAAGCAGCAAGCGAUACUCGUGAGGAUUUGCGCUCAAGUCCGGCCAAGUUUGCCUUGUCACAAUAUGUGCUCCUGCUUGCCUACAACAAUAUCUCACAGUGGUUUAUGACACUAAAGUUGAGCGAGAGGCCAAAACAUGCCUCGUACAUCACGCAAGGCCUCAUGCUGGCAAACGAAGGACGAGAGUCUCCAAGUGAUCAGACCAUCGUGUGCCUUGAUUUUCUUGCUCGCUUCACUUACAGCAACGCUUUGCCAAAGCCUUCUCGCUCCAUCUUGCACAGACUCUUAGCACAAAAGAAUGAUGUGGCUCCUCCGAGCCGAGGAUCAACAUGGCUCCUAGGCAAAGGCCUCAUAUCUAUACGCCCUCUUGCACGCAGUGGCACCUUCGAAGCGACAGUCCGACGACCUUCCGGCACAGUCGCAUUUGUGUGUCGCCUGGAAAACAUGGUGUCUGACGGUCGCACAGCGGAGGAGCGCACGGCCGACAUCCUCGCUGCUGCUCUAGAGCGAUGGAAAUCGGAGGGAUCCAUCAAUAAGCCCGUUAUUGAGGCGCCUAACGAGUCUGAGUCAGCCGAGGCAGCCAUUUGUAUGCCUGACACGCCCUCAGAUACCGCUUUGUCAAAACGUACCGAAGACGAUCGUUUACAGACUAGCCGCAUGACUGACGUUGAACCAAUCUUUAUGGCGCUCCAGUUCAGUGGAUACCCUGACCAGUCGAAUGAAACGCCCCCGAUUCUGCUGCCAGACGAUCCAAUGACUGAACGCCUUCUACGUGCUAUGGACCUAACACCUGUGUAUGACUUCCACAAGAUCGGUCUUGUGUAUGUUGGGUACAAGCAAACAACUGAAAAUGAGAUUCUCAGUAACACGCACGGUUCAAUGGCUUACAUGCUUUUCCUAUCUCGCCUAGGUGAUCUAGUUCCUCUUCUUGGACAGGAAGACGUAUAUACAGGCGGAUUAGACCGCCAGUCAAAUGAGCAUGGUAAGUAUGCUUACGUCUGGCGCGACUACAGCAAACAAAUUGUCUUCCACACAAGUACAUUGAUGCCGAAUCAUCCGGAAGAUCCCAACCGAUCUCACAAGAAAGCGCUUAUUGGAAAUGACUGGGUUCAUAUCGUUUUCAAUGACUCUGGUCUGCCUUAUGAAUUUGGUACGAUUCCUAGUCAAUUCAACUUUGUGAAUAUAGUCAUCUCGCCUCAUUCAACCGUUCGUGAAGGCGUGGACUAUUCCGUCACAGAUGAAACAUACUUUCAUGUGACGUUGCAACUUCGACCUGGCUUGCCAGAUUUCUCUCCCGCUGGUGAAGGUUGCUUAGUUUCAUUUGCCACGCUUCCCCGCUUCGUCCGCAAUCUCGCAAUGCAAAGCGAUAUCAUGAGCCAAAUUUAUCUCGACACGGCUGAGUCCAUGGUUCCCUUCUCGAACAACCGUGUGACCCGACUGCAUCUUGUCGAACGAUUCCGGCAGCAAUUCAUGGCUCGAAAUCCUGAGACUUUCGCGUCUGCUAGCGAGAAAUCCGGAUACGAUUUUACUGAAUUACUGAUUAAAUAG